AUGCUCGCCUCUGAUCCUUUCCCCAAGUCCGUGAUUGGCUACCCAAAGCUCGCACGAAAAAUCGAUAUUCAACCUGAGCUAGCUAUAUUCCGUCGUUUCGGCGCUUUAAACGCGCUGAACCUUCUCUACUUCCAGGCUGAGUUGACUGAUCUUGAAGAAAAGUUGACGAGACAACAAGUGGAAGAUGAUCAGGAUAGGAAAGGGACGAAAGCAAUGUACGCGAAGACAUGGUACCGACUCCAAGAGUCAGAAGAGAAUGGGGAUACCGAGCAACUAGAUCUGGUCCUGAGAAUGAGAGAGUUGCUGAAAAAAUACAGUGAGGCACUCGGUCAACACGCAACAGCACUUACUUAUUCACGUAUGGCAGAUAAAGCUCUGAUACAACAGCGUCGAAUCCACAGUUUCCACAAGCACGCAACCUGGGAUCUGCACUACAUGCAGAACUAUCUCCAGACUGACGCUAUGGGCCCACUUGCCUUGACAGGCGACGAUGCUGGAGCAUGGGGCUCGGUGGAACAUCGCAAGUCGCACCAACCGGACCUUGUCGCGCUUUGUCCACGUACGGAGAUGGACCCAUUCUCGAAAUGGGCAGCUGAUAGUACGAUUCUAAAUUUGUUCAAGUGCGGCUGUGCGCGGUUAAUCAAGCCAUCUCGAAUCCAUGGGGGGGUCGGCUAUGAAGACAGUACGAUUUACCGCAUUACAUACUGGAUCACCAGUGUACUGGCAUCUCUCCUUCCAAUAGCAUCUAUCGCAGUGCUCUACUGCGUGCAUUCGAUGCCCAUGAGGCUUGUUGUUAUUGCGGUUUUCAAUAUGCUGGUAACACUGUGCCUGGUAGGAUUCACAAAUGCGAGGCGUGCAGAGGUGUUUGCUGUUACUGCUGCGUGA